CCAGUCCCUGUGGGAUCAGGAUGUGGCCAGUGCCGGAGGCUGGAACAGAACUUUGCUUUCCCAAAUUUGCCUUUUCCUCAUAAAAAUGAAUAGGUACUGCGACAGAUUCGCCUCCAGCGACUCCGGGGACCGGUGGCUCCAGCUGGGGCCUUCCCUAAGGCAUUCCUAGGAUCGGAGUGUGCCAUGGCUCCUCAUUCCCUGCAAUUCUCCCUUCUCCAAAGAGGGAAUUCCCGUUGGGAAUGAGCCCUGGAGCCUGUCACCAAGGAAGGGGACAGGGUGUCACACACCCUCCUGUGAGAGGAAACACUGGGAAUUCCAGCCCAAUGGGGCUGGAAGUGGGAAAUCCACAUGGAUUUCUUCACAUUCCUGAUUUUUCUUGGCCCGUGAACACCCCUCUCUGCAUUCCUGGGGAGGGACAUGGCUGUGAGCUGGGAUGGGGGGACAAAGGGGGGCACUGGGUGUGAAAUGGGGCUGCAGGAAGCAGUGGGAAGCCUUGGAAUGGGAAUGCCCUGGAGCUUCAUCCUGGGGUGACAAUUUGUGGGGGGGUUGGCCCACCCAUGUCCAGGUUCAGGGGCUGCCGCAGGGAAGGCGGGGACAGGCAGGAAUUUCGGGGUGUGGCCGAUGCCGGCUGGGCACGGGGUCAUGAGGCAGGAGGGCUUUGCCCUCGCCAUUCCCAGGUUAAUGAUUUCCAAGGAAUCCUUGAGCCUCUCCCUGUGCAGAGCCCACGGCCCAAGCUGUCCCCAGCAGGGUGCACCAUGGUGGAGGUGACAGUGACACCGCAGUCCUCGCUGGCCGACCGGCCGGUGCAGAUCCGGGUGCGGGGACUGUCCCCAUCCCAGCUUGUCACCCUCCGGGCAUGGCUGAAGGACGAGCAGGGCGAGUGCUUCCAAUCCCGCGCCUUUUUCCGUGCCGACGGAGCGGGAGAGGUGGAUCCCGGGCUCCAUGCCGCCCUGGGGGGCAGCUACUCCGGGGUCUGGCCCAUGGGGCUCUUGUGGUUCCUGCAGCCCGACACCCUUUUCCGACGGCUGGUCAAGCGGGAUGUGGCCAGCAGCCCCUUCCGCGUCUGGCUGGAGGUGUUUGAUGGGCUCUCCCUGGCCCCGGAUCCCAAGGAGCAGCCGCUGGCAUCCUGCGAGGCCGAGCGCUGGUACGUGGGCCCCGGAGUGCAGCGGGUGCCCAUCCGCGAGGGAAGGGUCCGCGGCGCCCUAUUCCUGCCUCCUGGUCCAGGCCCCUUCCCAGGGGUCAUCGACCUGUUUGGGGGCGCAGGGGGGCUGAUCGAGUUCCGGGCGGGGCUCUUGGCCAGCCGGGGCUUUGCCGUGCUGGCCCUCGCCUUCUUCGCCUACGAUGACCUGCCCCGGGUCCUGGCCCAGCUGGACUUGGAAUACUUUGAGGAAGCGGUGGAGCUGCUCCUCCAGCAUCCCAAGGUCCGAGGACCCGGCCUGGGCGUGGUGGGUGUCUCCAAAGGCGCAGAGGUGGCCUUGGCCAUGGCUGCCUUCCUGCCACAGGUGGCGGCCACGGUGUGGAUCAACGGCACGGCCUUCCUGCACGGAAACCCGCUGGUCUACAAGGAGCUCCGCAUCCCUCCCAUCCCCUACUACACCGAGCGCAUCCUGUUCACCGAGCUGGGAGCCAUGGACAACUCGGCCAUCUUCGCCGACCCCCGCGAUCCCGCCUACCGCGCCUCGGCCAUCCCGGUGGAGAAGAUCCGGGGAAAGGUCCUCUUUGUGGUGGGAGAGGCCGACCGCAGCUUCAACAGCAAGCUCUUCGCCGAGCUGGCCCUGGCGCGGAUGCCACCAGAGAGCGGCCGGAUCCUGUCCUAUCCCGGCGCCGGGCACCUGAUUGAGCCCCCCGGAUCCCCCCUGUGCAGCAACUCCAGCAUCCGGGGCACCCCGAGGCCGGUGGCGUGGGGGGGAGAGCCCCAGCCCCAUGCCCGGGCCCAGGAGGAUUCCUGGCAGGAGAUCCUGCAGUUCUUGGAGCUCCAGCUGGGAUUGGUUGCUGCCAUGAAGUUGUGAGGGGUGAGGAAAAGGGGGUCGGUGUCACCGGGAUUGUCACUGUGGGGAAUAAAGUGUCACUGGAG